AUGAGACUCACGAUUACCUGCGCUUCUGUCGCUACAAUGUCGCACUAUAUCUUAAUCACUCUACUCUUCUUUGUCCUUAAUCUCAGGAGCCUUGCAGCAGCAGUAGCUUACGAAGAUGGUCUCGCAGGCCAUGUAAACCCUAUCGCGAACGAGGUCGACCUGGCUUCACUACUCACCGCACGAGCUCUGAAGCAAGAUACAAUCAUGCAAGAAGCUGUCGAGCUUCUGAAGUCCAUGCAACUCGCCCCGUCCUGCAACCGGCUCGCGGUCUCAGAUCUCAUCUCUUCCUGCCAGUCAAUUAGCGGUCGGCCCGAGAAUCAAGACACAGAUAUAUACCUGGGCCUGGAGCCUGUGCGGUCACUCUACGCGGCGCGCUUGGCUGUCUGCGAGCUCAAGGAAGCCAAAGCAGCAGCGCCGGAGGCGUGUCUUGCACUGAUGGUUGCGCCCCGGCAGAAAAGAGGCAUCCUAGAUUUCGUGCGCUUCAGCGACCCUCAGGGUUUGCAAAAGUCGCGACUGGAGGCUUGUCUUCAGUCGCUGGAGACACGACCGCAGUGGUGGACUUCUUACAGCAAUAGUCGGCAGAAUGCUGUGGUUAUCUGCCAGGCGGCCCGAGGCGAGACGGAGAAGGAGGAGCUGUUGGAGCUCUAUCGCGCUAUAGCCAAUCAGACUGUCACACUUGAGCGUGGCCUUGUAAUGGCAUCCGCGGUGCACGCAGCUGACAUUGCCCGCCAGAAGCAAUUUAUGCAGGAAGUUGAGACAGCGAGGGCGAGGCUGCGGCAGGAUCUGGGAGAAACCAUCUCGGGUUUCCAUCGAAUGAUUGAACGGGCUUCGAACGGUUUGAAUAGCUAUGCUAGACUGGCCAGAGAGACCUUUGAGUCCAUCUUUGAGGUGUUGCAUCAAGGAGCAAGCUCGCUUGAAGAGAAAAUCCAGAAUGGUACUGCCGCAGCUGAUCAGCUAAUCCAUGAAAUGAACAUUCUACACUACGAGAACAUCAAGAACAAUCAGGAAAUGGCGGAUGCGCAGCGACGAGAUUACGAGACUAACAAGGAAUUGGCGCUGUCCCUCGGGGCCAUUCUCAAUGCACUUGGCGAGGGUAGUCUGGCAAGCCUCUCGCAACUCAAUGCUUCUCUUGAAUCCCUCGGAUAUAUAACGCAGGUAUUGCAGAACAUGCACGAGCGCCUGCCGGGACUUGUAAAAACACUUAAUGCCACCGAAGCAAGAGCCGAGCACCUUUUCCAAGUGCAAUCGCAGCAAUAUGAGGCGCUUCGAGAAACCUCACGAUUACAAGAGCAGAAUGAACUCCGCGCGAAAGGCACGGCGGCAGAGCUUAAUCAAACAGCCGUCGCAGCCGAGAAACUGUCCAAGACGAUUGACAGGAUCGACUCUAGAUACAGGUUGGGUCUAGUGCUGAAACUCCUUCGCGACCUGGUCUGGCCCCUUUGCAGCUUCGUGAUGUGGAAAGUCGUGGCGGAGCGAUCACGGCCCAUAGCUGCUUUCUUUAAAUAUUUAGUUGGGCGCGAAUAA